UCUUACAACUUUGUUUCAUUUACUUUUGGGAUAAUUCUGACCUAACCUCGUAAAAGGAAUAUCUUUUCGAUGACGUCAUCCAACAAGAAAAAGGUGACCAAAGUGACUACUAGGGAAGUCUACGGGGAUCUCCCCUGAUUUCCCCGCAUAUAACAUAUUAUUGUGGAGCGUUUGGAGACUGGCAGUGCACUGAGUAGAUGGUACUUUUAUCGUGCUUUUAUCAAGCCUUGGAUGGUACAGAGUCAAGAGUGUGGAGUCAGUGUGAGUGUGAGUGGGUCGUCAGUCGCGGCGAUGUUUACGAACUUCUUAUGCGGCCUUGUUGUGCACUUUGUUUUGACAUCAGCUUGAGCUGAGGCGUAUAAAAUCGUUUGAUUGAGAAAACUCCUGGUUCAAGAUGACAUCCUCUAGCCUGGGAGUUGAAGAUGUCUUCAGAUUUGCAGAUGUUACUUCUGAAGAGGGUGGAUGGCUUGUUGUCAACACUCUCACGCUUGAUCCUGAUUCUCCAUCUGAUGUAUCAGCAGAUGCAGUGUCAUAUCCAUCAGCCAUUGAUUCCAAUUAUGAAAGAUAUUUGACAGAAGAUGAUCUACAGGACAUAGAGGGUGACCUGUAUCCAGAAGAGGUUGUCCGUAUGUUGUUUCUGGCUGUUGAUGACACCCCAGCUCUAGUACUACAAAAAUGUGUGGUGAAAAUGACCCACAGCCAAAGGAGUCAAAGCCAGACCAAAAGUGUUGACUCUUUCUUUGAUUGGGCUCGUGCUGUCUCAGACUCUAAGCACAGCUGGAAAGCACUUUUUCUUGAAAGUUUGGCAGUAAUUGGCCGGCAUGACAUCCUAGUGGACCUAGGAUGUGAUGAUGCAGAGAUCAGAAGACUGGAAAAACCUGUUCAUCUUUCUUCAUUGAAGGUUUCGCUGAACCAGGUCUGCUGCAGCUUGAAACAAGGUGAGACAGCUGCUCUCAUCAGCUAUGUGUCAAAGCAGCAUCUGCAGAACCGUCCGCCGACCCAGUUCCCUGAGGGAGUCAUCAUCAAGCAGCUGCUUGAGCUGAACAUCCUCCAGUGGAUGCAGGAGGGCAUCAUGGACCUCAUGAACCUGACUGUGCUGGUCGAGGCAUUAGAGCACAUCGGCCGACCCGACUUGAAAAAUGUCCUGAUGGGACGGCCAGUGUCUCAAGGCUCGUCCUACACAUCACACGUCUCCGGCCCUCCCUCUGGUGGUCAUACGAAGGUUGUGUCCCUGCCGUCCCUGGCUGGGGUCCCCACGCCGCAUGUGUACCCCAACGACCGAGGGAUCUGUGUCAUCUUCAACUUGGAGCAGUUCAGGUGCGUUCAAAACCCUUCCUGUGUGCUCCAAACCCUUCCGAACCACGGACUGCGACUCGGGUCCAGUUUGGACGCAGGAAACCUCUCGAGACUCUUCGGGAAGUUCUCGUGUCGCACAAAAGUGUUCACCAACAUGAAAGGUCAUGAAAUACAGACAUGUCUCAAGAACCUGGCGAAUGCGAAAGACCUUGCGCAUUUCGACUUCGUCGUGGUGUGCUUCCUGUCGCACGGCGGCACCAGCGACGGUCGUCAGUUCAUCUACAGCUCCGACUGCCAGCUGAUGUUCAUCGAUGAUCUGAUCAGUCCGUUCGAGGGCGACUCUUGUCAGAGUCUGCGCGGCAAGAUGAAGAUGGUCAUCUCGCAGUCGUGCCAGGGCGAGGGUCAGCUGACGCACCUGCAGGCUGACGGGCCCCCGGUGUCGCCCACGCCCUCGUCCAGCGCGCGCACCGCCACCGCCCAGUCGGACUUCCUGUUCUGUCAGGCGACCACUCCCGGCUUCAAGGCGUACCGAGACCCGCGCCGCGGCUCGUUCUACAUCAUGCGCCUGUGCGAGGUGCUGGAGAGCCGAGGCCACUUGGAGGAGGUCUCGCUCUGCAUCAAGGACGUGCACAAGCUGCUGAUCGAGCAGCCGAUUCUGCUGGGCGAGGAGCGCGUCCCGUGCGCCAUCCAGCCCCAGAUGAUCGACCGCACACAGGGCAGGUUCCGCUUCAAGCGCGCUGGGGACGUGCAGCCUCAGUCGGUCUAGGCGCCGGCGGCGCGACUCAUCGGAUCGGCCGCUCGCUCCGGAGAUCGGUGUUUGGCAGUGGCGGCCCGGCCAACGGACUGAAACAGUGAAACUGAAACACUGAAACAGACUGCUUGGAUGUUCGCGAACAGAGCGGCCGAACUGGCUCGACUCGGGUGGUUUGCGGACGUGCUUUGGUGGCGUUAAGUGAUACGGCUUGCCGAGAACGGCCCGCUUCUGAUCCAUAGUGUGUUAUACCUGUCGUGUGAUUGAGGCACAAACUGCCACCUGUACCUGUCAUCUAUUUUUGUAAACUUUGACCGAAUGUUCAUGUUAACGGUCUUUUCUAUCGCUCUUGGGGUCAAUUUCGAAUUACGGAGUUUGCCUAAAUGCUUGGGUACCUACACAAAUACUUCGGGCGCAUUAUCAUUCAGCCGCGUGCCAUAAUGCUAGUUAGUGGCCUGAUUCAAGUGCGAUUUAGAGUCGUCCGGUACUGCUGGGCCUUAUGGCGACAAAUGGUUUAUGACAUUGCCGUCUUGCGAGGAGUGAUUGUGUACGGGCGAAAUGCUUUCCACAGAAUAUGAUUGCUCACGACGGG